UGUCAUAACUCAUUCCAAAAAUCAACAAAGUAUCAAAGUAGCGUUUCUCGACUAUUCGAAAAAAGAUAAUUAAUUCACAAUUUUAUUUUGUCUACCGAGUUUAUAAAGCUUCUAACUAAAUCAAUUUAGUGACUCAGUACUCACAUAAUUUAUUCAUGAUCUCACUAAUACUUGAAUCAGGUCGUUAAUUUCCACUGGACAUAGUUGUGAAAAUUGUUAAAAACUGAAUUGAAAUGGGUUCAAAUAACGAAGAGAAUCCAAUUGCUGGUUCAAAUAAUGAAGAAAAUCGUAUUGCUGGAGCGUUAACUUUCCCCGUUAGAAAUGAGGAACCUGUGCCGGUGCAGCCUCGUCAACCGACGAAUUUACAGGGUCUCCUGCGUUUUGCCAUGGAGGCUACCAAGGCUGAAGAUGCACCGGGAAACUCUGAACUGGGUCCUAUGGAUGAAGAGAGACGUAAGUUCCUGGAGGAGGCCCUGAAAAGUCUGACAGUAGAUGUAGUGCAGGUGCUACAGAAUGCUAUCAAGGUGCUCACAAAUUCAGAGAAGAUGAGCAGCAUACAACUUGGGGACACCCUGCCAGAGGAUGUGGACACAGCGUUCAAUAAUAUCCUGGAGUUUAUUGAUGACAUUGAUGUUGCUAAUGAUUUCCACAAGCUGGGCGGUUUUGCCAUCUUCCCCAUAUGCUAUGGCAGUGAGAAUGAAGUGGUCCGUGCCAAAGCCAGCCAAGUUCUGGCAGAGUUGUGCCAGAACAACCCACAGUGCCAGGCCCUGGCACUUGAGUCUGGCGUGCUUAAUGUAUUGCUGCACUUGGCCAGUACUGAAACUGGAAAUACUCUAGCUAAAUGCAUUAUGGCUAUUUCAUGCGCCAGUCGUGAGUUUGAGCCGGCUUGCAAGGAGCUGACGGCUCAGGGCGGCUGUGAGGUGCUCGCCCAGGUUCUGAAGGCACCAGACUCUGCUGCCCGCACCAAAGCUGCCUUCCUCAUACGAUACCUGUGCCACCACCAUGCCGAGGCUAAAGAGAAAUUCAUCCAACUGAACCUAGUGAAAGUAAUCGCAGAACAAAUCAAAUCAGGACGAGACGACAACUCUGAGCACUUAUUGAGCAUCCUUGAAAGUUUACUCGAAGGACUGGACCCUACCAUACUUCAGCAGUGCAGGGACCCCAGCUUGGACCUCAAGAAUGUUCUAGAAAAUCACUUGAAACAUCCCACGUUACAAGAUGACACGUUCAUGGAAGAAAAGGAAUAUUGCCAAGCAAUUCUUAAGGUUUUUGAGGACUACCCUCAAAGAGAAGAUGCAAAUAAUGAAGUUGAUAGAUAAGGGAAGGGUUGAUAGAUGGGUCAGUUCUUCUGAGCAUUUAUACAGGUGGUCCCAGUAGCGACGCCCGAAGAAAAAAUUUGAAUCCUUGUCCCUUCUAUGUUCAGCGAUUUUAGAUUUCUGAGGGAGUGGCUGUUAAAUUUAUUUUUCUUUUUUUGUGGUUUUUCCUAGCAUUUAUUUUGUAAACAUGAUACAUAGAUAGAAGUGUUUAUUGCACACAAAAACACAUGUAAAGUAACACAACACAGAAAGAAGAAAACAGAUAAAACAAUUGUGUGCAAAGGCGGCCUUAUUGCUUAGAGCAAUCUCUACCAGGCAACCUUUAAGUUAUGCUUGUUAUGGAGUGUUACACUCUUACACUCUGUAGUGCACUCACUCAGAAAUCUCACGAUAAAUUACCGAAAAUCGCUAUAGUUAUGUCAUACAUGGGGUAUUUUUUGAUAGGUAUAGGUUCGUAGAAUCAAAUUUUUUUAUGGGGACCAGCCUGUUAUGUAUAUAUUUAUAGAAUGGCGCUUCAGCAAUGAACAUGUUUGAUUUGAUUUAAGGCUGUUUGUACUGUAUUUCUUGUGAUUUGUAUAAAUAUAGUUUUAUGAGAUACCUA